GCAGAGCUGGCACCCACAGCCCCACGGCAAUAAAAAGCCGAGGGAGCCCUGCAAGGAGCACAGCCGCCGGUCCACCUGCUGCAGAGAUGGUGCCGACAACCUCCCUCCUGCUGCUGCUCAGCCUGGCUCUGCUGGCCCCCAGCCUCUCUGCCGAGAAGUGCGUGCUGACCGGGCGCUGGACCAACGACCUGGGCUCCAACAUGACCAUCGGGGCUGUGAACAGCAAGGGAGAGUUCACCGGCACCUACCUCACAGCUGUGACGGCCACGACAAACGAGAUCAAGUUGUCACCGCUGAAGGGAAACCAGCACAGCACCAACCAUAAGAGCCAGCCCACCUUCGGCUUCACCGUCAACUGGAGCUUUUCAGACUCCACCACUGUCUUCACGGGCCAGUGCUUCGUGGACAAGGACGGCAAGGAGGUCCUGAAGACCAUGUGGCUCCUGCGGUCACACGUCGACAGCAUCGAUGAUGACUGGAAAGCCACCAGGGUCGGCAUCAACAUCUUCACACGCCUGCACAAGCGCUGGCAGUGAGGGUCACCCCGUAGGGACUCAAGCCGGUGUCCGUGCUGGGCUGCAGACCCAGCUCCUGCCCCUUCCUCUGCUCCCAAUAAAGUUUUGCUGCAAAA